GUUACACACCCACUGUUAUAGGGUUUUCGCCCGCUACCCCGUAAGCCAGAGAGCAAAAAUGCCGGGUGGUCACGGUGUUGGUUCUCGGAUCCGAGAUCUGCUCGUUAGCUCCUUCAGGAAGAAAGGGUAUACACGCGUCUGGAACAACGUGAGGUCCUACAAGAAAAGUGACUACGUGGACUUCAAGCUGAACGGCCCCGCCUACGAAGGCAUGCAGCCGGAACUCUACCAAGGCCGAACCGGCCGAGUCUGGAAAGUCACCAAACGCGCCAUGGGCAUCGAGAUCAACCAUCAGAAAUGGUGGUACAGGAUUGACUCGCGCUCGCGCUCGAGUUCGAGUCGCUUGGUUUACUCUCGAGCCGACCUCAAGCCAACGCCAGGCUUCAACAGCCACCAAUCGGCCCAACCCAGUCCGAUUGGAGCCGUUCACCGUGGGGAAGCGGGGGCAAAGAAAAGAAAGAGUGACAUUGUUUGGCAUUGUGUGCACAAUGAAGAGGCUGCGCAAUCGCCUUGUAGUCCAGUGGUAAGCCGCGCCACUACUAAGAAUCGUGUCGUGGUGCCUGGCUUGUGAGGGAUCUCAACCACGUGCUCGUCGAUGUGGAUCAUCCAAGACAUAUUAGCAUUGCAUACCUCUGCACAAAUCGGGGUUUUAGAGUUUCCAAUAAAAUUGUUUGGAGGGCAUGGAGAGAACCCUUAAUUGUUUGGAGGGCAUGGAGUGAACCCUUAAUAGUUCAUGAGUUUAUUUUACUCUU